UCGCUGAUGCAGUAACGCAGUCACAUACUGCAGCCUGCAGCGUUUUGUGUAGGAGGUCUGCACUUUCUUGACUACAUUUAUCCGGCACUUUAAAGUCUUUAUUUGUGUACUUAUUGGAGACACAUCAUCAUCAUCUUCUUCAUCAUCCUCAUCUACUGGAGCGGGAGCGCGCGCAGAAUGAGACGUCUGCUCGUGCUCGCGGCGGGAUUUUCAGCGCUCUUGUCGCUGUGUGUGUCUGCGCAGACGCCGGACGCAGGCACAGACAGAGCUGCGCAGAAGCUCGACGUGAGCGCAGACACACCCGCGGAGCAGCAGAGAUCAAACAGAUCGAAGCGGCGGGGCGGCGGGCAGGACGUGCUGAAGGGGCCGAAUGUGUGUGGAUCACGUCACCAUGCAUACUGCUGUCCCGGCUGGAAGACCUUGACUGGAGGGAAUCAGUGCAUCGUUCCGAUUUGCCGCAGCUCCUGUGGGGAUGGGUUCUGCUCCAGACCCAAUAUGUGCACCUGCCUGACUGGUCAGAUUGCGCCCACCUGCGGAUCUAAAUCAGUCCAGAACUGUAACAUUCGCUGUAUGAAUGGAGGCACGUGUGUAGAGGAUCAGUGUUUGUGUCAGAAGGGAUACACUGGACCUCACUGCGGCCAACCGGUGUGUGAGUCAGGCUGUGUGAACGGCGGUCGUUGUGUCGCUCAUAACCGUUGUCUGUGUAAUUACGGCUUCACUGGUGCUCAGUGCGAAAGAGAUUACAGAACCGGGCCCUGUUUUGCAUCUGUCAGUAAUCAGAUGUGUCAGGGGCAGCUCACAGGAAUUGUGUGCACCAAGACAUUGUGUUGUGCGACAGUGGGCCGCGCCUGGGGUCACCCGUGUGAGCAGUGUCCUGCACAACCACACCCCUGCCGCAGGGGGUUCAUCCCUAAUCAUCGCUCAGGAGCCUGCCAGGAUGUGGAUGAGUGCCAGGCCAUUCCUGGGCUCUGUCAGGGGGGAAACUGUGUUAAUACUGUGGGCUCAUUUGAGUGCAAAUGCCCUGCUGGACACAAGUUCAAUGAAAUCACACAGAAAUGUGAAGACAUUGAUGAGUGCUCUCUCAUCCGGGGACUCUGUAACGGAGGUCAGUGCUCCAACACUAUUGGCAGCUACUUUUGUAGGUGUCCCGUAGGUUUUGACACAUCGCCUGAUGGAUCACACUGCAUUGAUGCCCGAACGGGGUUCUGCUAUGCCAACAUCGUCAACGGGCGCUGUGCCAACCUGCUGUCCCAACGCAUGUCUAAGAGUCAGUGUUGCUGUGAAAACAGAGGCUGCUGGUCCGGUAAUUCAGUCCCAGAGAUGUGUCCAAUUCGCGAAACAGAGGAGUAUCAAAGACUCUGUCUGACUGGUCACACGGUGCCUGAUCCAGACCGUCCAGGUCCCGGUCCAGGCCCGUUUUAUCCAGAAGUCCCACGGGACCCUUACCCACGUGAGCCGUACCCACGAGAGCCGCAUCCACGUGAACCGUACCAACCAGAGACAUACCCACGUGACCCUUUACCUGGAUCACCUACAGCUGUGACAAUCACCUUCAAGCCUAUUUUCUUGCCUCAGAAUGUCAGUAUGAUAAGAAUGUGUGAGCUGUUUCCUAAUCUGUGUAUUAAUGGGCGCUGCGUGUCGAUACCAGGCAGUUACCGCUGCGAGUGUAACACAGGCUUCAAACUGGAUGGUCGCAGACAAUGCAUCGAUGAUAAUGAGUGUGAGCGGAGCCCGUGUGUGAAUGGAGAGUGUGUGAACACACCCGGCUCCUAUUACUGCCAGUGUCCUGCUGGAUUCCAGAGCACUGCAACCAGAACCGAGUGUAGAGAUAUGGAUGAGUGUGUGGCCAAUGGUCGCAUCUGUAACAACGGCCGGUGUGUGAAUACAGAAGGCAGUUUCCACUGUGUGUGUAAUGCUGGUUUUGAGAUCUCGCUUGAUGGCAGAAACUGCCAAGACACUGAUGAGUGUUUGAUCAGGAACAUCUGUUUGAAUGGGAUGUGUAUUAAUGAAGACGGCAGCUUCAAAUGCAUCUGUAAACCAGGAUACUUACUGGACGGUACUGGUCGAUUCUGUGUGGAUGUGGAUGAGUGUGAGGUUACUGGUAUGUGUAUGAAUGGUCACUGUGUGAACACUGAGGGCUCGUUCAGGUGUGAGUGUAUGCCAGGACUCGCUGUGGGGCUGGACGGACGCGUCUGUGUAGACACGCACAUGCGCAGCACAUGUUACGGAGGUUAUAAACGGGGUCAGUGUGUGCGACCGUUCUUUGGCGCUGUCACCAAAUCAGAAUGUUGCUGUGCCAAUGUGGAGUACGCAUACGGAGAACCAUGCCAAAUGUGCCCGCCUCUCAACUCAGCCGAAUUUUCAGCUCUGUGCAGCCAUGGCCCUGGAACUACAACCGAUGGCAGAGAUAUAAACGAGUGUGCGCUGGAUCCUGACAUCUGUCAGAACGGUGUUUGUGAAAACAUGUUGAGAACAUACAAAUGUAACUGUAAUCUUGGCUUUGAGGUGGACAUCACUGGCAAAACCUGCAUUGAUGUUGAUGAGUGUAUGAUGAACACACAUCUGUGUGAAAAUGGUUUGUGUAGAAACACUCCAGGCAGUUUCACAUGUCACUGUCCCAAGGGCUACACCUUUCAGCCUGAAACAGAGGUGUGUGAAGACAUUGAUGAGUGCUUGACCAAUCCUUGUGUUAAUGGCGAGUGUAAGAACAGUCCAGGGUCAUUUGUAUGUUUGUGUUCUACUGGAAGCUCAUUGGACAGCUCAGGAACUCUGUGUGUAGAGACCACUAAGGGUACGUGUUGGUUGAAGUUGGUAAAUGGACAGUGUGAAAUCAAUAUCAAUGGAGCAACACUGAAGUCUCACUGUUGUGCAUCAAUGGGGGCAGCGUGGGGGUCUCCAUGUGCCAAGUGUGAACCAGAUGCGUUCUGUUCUAAAGGAUAUGCACGGACCAAGGGAACAAUCUGUGAAGAUGUGAAUGAGUGUGAGAUAUUUUCUGGUGUGUGUAUUAAUGGAAAUUGUGUGAACACGGACGGCUCGUUUGUGUGUCAGUGUCCCAGCGGCAUGACUUUAGAUGCCUCUGGAAGGACUUGUGUUGAUCUGCGUACUGAGCUGUGUUACCUCACACACAUCGACGAGCGCUGUGGUGCUCCGAUUUCUGGAAGGCAUCGCGUGGAUGCGUGCUGCUGUUCGGUAGGUUUAGCUUGGGGCCCGGAAUGUGACGAAUGUCCAGGAAAAGGAUCAUCAGAAUACACUCAGCUCUGUCCACGGGGUCCAGGAUUUGCCCACCGUGGAGACUUUAUCAAUGGAAAACCGUUUCUUAAAGAUAUAAAUGAGUGUAAAAUGAUUCACAGUUUGUGCACCAACGGUCGGUGUAGGAACACCAUCGGAAGCUUUCGCUGCAGGUGUGACAGUGGCUUUGCUCUGGAUUUUGAUGAGAGAAACUGCACAGAUAUCGAUGAGUGUCGCAUCUCUCCUGACCUGUGUGGUCACGGCACGUGUGUGAAUACAGCAGGUGAUUUUCAGUGUGAGUGUUACCCUGGAUACGAGAGCGGUGUCAUGAUGAUGAAGAACUGCAUGGACAUUGAUGAGUGUGAACGCAAUCCUCUGUUGUGUAGAGGUGGUGAAUGCAUCAACACAGAGGGCAGCUUCCGGUGUGAGUGUCCAAUCGGCCAUGAUAUUGCUCCAGACGGAUCCGCGUGUUUAGAUAUUAAUGAGUGUGAACUGAGUGACAAACUAUGUAAGAACGGUCAGUGUGUGAACAUGAUCGGACACUAUCAGUGCUCCUGUAAUACCGGAUACAAAUCCACUGAAGACAGACUCUCUUGUGUGGAUAUUGAUGAGUGCACUAUCGAAAACGGUGGCUGUGAGACUUUCUGCACAAACUCAGAGGGAAGUUACGAGUGCAGCUGUCGCCACGGUUAUGCCCUUAUGCCUGACCUCAGGAGCUGUACCGAUAUCGAUGAAUGUGAAGACAGUCUUGAUAUUUGUGAUGGUGGCCAGUGUACAAACAUCCCGGGAGAAUUUCAGUGUCUGUGUUUUGAUGGCUUCAUGUCAUCUGAGGAUAUGAAAUCAUGUCUGGAUGUCAAUGAGUGUGAGUUGAAUCCAAACAUAUGUCUGAGUGGGAAGUGUGAGAACACGAAGGGUUCCUUCAUCUGUCACUGUGACCUGGGAUUCUCUGUUAGGAAGGGGACCACCGGCUGUACAGACAUUGACGAGUGUGAGAUUGGCGCUCAUAACUGCGACCGUCAUGCGGCCUGUACAAACACGGCUGGCAGCUUUAAAUGCAGCUGUGCUCCAGGCUUUAUCGGGGACGGAAUCAAAUGCACAGAUCUUGAUGAAUGUUCUAAUGGAACACACAUGUGCAGUCCAAGUGCAGACUGUAUGAACACCAUGGGCUCCUACCGCUGCCUGUGCAAAGAUGGCUUUAGUGGAGACGGCUUCUACUGCACAGAUACUGAUGAGUGUGCUGAUAAUGUGAAUCUUUGUGAGAGUGGACACUGUCUGAAUAGUGCUGGUGGAUAUCGCUGUGAAUGUGACAUGGGCUUCUUUCCCACUGCUGAUGGCAAAGCUUGUGAAGACAUAGAUGAGUGUACGUUUGCUGAUAUCUGUGUGAAUGGUCGGUGUCGGAAUAUUCCGGGGCUCUUUAGGUGCGUCUGUAACCCUGGAUAUGAGCUGGACCGCAGUGGAGGAAACUGCACAGACGUUAACGAGUGUGCUGACCCCACCACCUGUAUUAGUGGAUUGUGUGUCAACACACCUGGCAGCUACAUCUGCAACUGUCCUCCAGACUUUGAGCUCAACCCCACUGGAGUCGGCUGUGUGGAUACUCGCUCUGGAAAUUGCUACCGGGAUGUUCAUUACCGUGGCGAUUUCUCUGAUAGUCUGGACUGCUCUAAUGAGAUUGGUGUGGGGGUCUCCAAAGCAUCCUGCUGUUGUUCUGAAGGUCUUGCAUGGGGGUCACCCUGUGAGCACUGUCCACCCCGCAACUCCACGGAAUACCGGAUUCUGUGUCCUGGAGGAGAAGGAUUCCGACCCAAUCCAAUCACAGUGAUACUGGAGGAUAUCAAUGAGUGUCAGGAGCUGCCGGGUUUGUGUCAAGGUGGAGACUGCAUCAACACUUUUGGCAGUUUUCAUUGUGAAUGUCCAAAAGGUUAUGCACUCAAUAAAGAUACCAGAAUCUGUGAAGAUGUAAACGAGUGUGAGAGGCCAGGUAUCUGCGGUCCAGGCCAGUGUUAUAACACCAUUGGAAACUACACCUGCAUCUGCCCACCUGAGUACAUGCAGAUUAACGGAGGAAACAACUGCAUGGACAUGCGGAAGAGUUUGUGUUACAGGAACUACUACUCUGAUAACGCCACAUGCGAUGGAGAGCUCACCUUCAACGUGACCAAGAAAUUCUGCUGCUGCUCCUACAACAUUGGUCGUGCCUGGAACAAACCCUGUGAACAGUGUCCCAUACCCAGCACCAAUGAGUUUGCUGUGCUGUGUGGAAGUGAGAGACCUGGAUAUUUCAUUGAUAUAUACACCGGACAAGUUGUUGACAUCGAUGAGUGCCGGGAGAUUCCAGGUGUGUGUGAGAACGGAGUGUGUAUCAACAUGAUCGGCAGUUUCCGCUGUGAAUGUCCGAUGGGUUUUGUCUAUAACGACAAGCUGAUCAUCUGUGAGGAUAUUGACGAGUGUCAAAAUGGGCCGGUGUGUCAACAGCACGCUGUCUGUUUGAAUGUUCCUGGAAGUUACCGCUGUGAGUGUAAACCUGGAUACCGGCAGACACCCACACAGCAGUGUGUAGAUCGUAAUGAGUGUGCUGAGAAUCCAAUCAUCUGCAGUCCGGGUCAGUGUAUUGAUAUGGUUGGCAGUUAUCGCUGUAUCUGUCCCAACGGCUUCAAAUCCACUCCAGACCUGUGUAUCGAUGUGGAUGAGUGUGAGCGGCAGCCGUGCGGUAAUGGAACUUGUAAGAAUACUGUUGGCUCCUACAACUGCCUGUGCUACCCAGGAUUCCAGCUGUCACACAACAAUGACUGCAUCGACACAGACGAGUGUGCGUCCCUCAGGGGCUUGUGUAGAAAUGGCAACUGCUUCAACACUGUGGGUUCAUUUGUGUGUGUGUGUCUGGAUGGAUAUAAACUCUCUCCCGAUGGCAGGACUUGUGUAGACAUCAAUGAGUGUUUAAUCAAUCCUGGCACAUGCGGUCCUGGAACAUGUCAGAAUCUAGACGGUUCUUACAGGUGCAUCUGUCCUCUAGGAUAUUACCUCCAGAACGAGAGGUGUGAAGAUAUUGAUGAAUGCAGUCACACUCCAGAGAUAUGUAUCCUCGGUAAGUGUGUAAACACACCAGGCAGCUUCAGGUGUGACUGUCCAGAUGGAUUCCAGCUCUCCUCAUCCGGAAAGAGAUGUGUGGAUUUUCGUGUAAAUUAUUGUUACACAAAGUUUGAGAACAGACGCUGUCUGGCGCCGAAGCCUCUGAACACGACUAAAGGAACUUGUUGCUGCAGCGCCAUGCCGGGUCAGGGCUGGGGCGACCCCUGCGAAAUCUGUCCUGGCAAAGAUGAAGUGACAUACACAGCAUUAUGUUUUGCUCCUGGUAAACGUUUCAAUGAAGACGACACUGAAGAGGAUGUCGACGAGUGCACAGAAAAUCCUGGCAUCUGUAAAAACGGACACUGCAUCAACACAGACGGAACGUUCCGCUGCGAGUGUCCAUUCGGCUACAGACUCGAUUUCACAGGGAUAAACUGUGAAGACACAAACGAGUGUGAGCUGGGUAACCCGUGUGGGAACGGCACCUGCACAAAUGUGGAGGGAGCAUUUGAAUGCAGUUGUGAUGAGGGAUUCGAACCCGGACCCAUGAUGACCUGUGAAGAUGUGAAUGAGUGCUCCCAGAAUCCUCUGCUCUGUGCGUUCCGUUGCAUCAACACAGUGGGAUCGUAUGAAUGCAAAUGUCCAGCAGGAUAUGUGCUGAGAGAAGACCGCAGGAUGUGUAAAGAUCAAAAUGAGUGUGAGGAGGGUUUGGAUGACUGUGAGUCCAGAGGAAUGACCUGUAAGAAUCUGAUUGGCACUUACAUGUGCAUCUGCUCACCGGGAUACACGAGACAGCCCAGCGGAGAGAGCUGCGUGGAUCUGAAUGAAUGCACGGUGAAACCAGGCAUCUGUGAGAACGGCCGCUGUGAGAACACUGUUGGCAGUUAUCGCUGUAUCUGUGAUCAAGGGUUCAGCUCCAGCCCCAGCAGAACAGAGUGUAUUGAUAAUCGUCAGGGCUUCUGUUUCCUGGAGGUUCUUCAAACGAUGUGUCAGAUGAGUUCAAGCAGUCGUGUGAGCGUCAGAAAGUCAGAAUGCUGUUGCAACAGGGGCCGUGGCUGGGGGUCCAACUGUGAGCUGUGCCCGCUGCCCGGGACCACUCAAUAUAAGAAGAUGUGCCCACUCGGACCGGGAUACAGCACUGAUGGCCAGGAUAUUGAUGAAUGUAAGGUGAUGGGAAAUCUAUGCAAGAAUGGUCAGUGUUUGAACACGUUGGGCUCAUUCAGCUGCAUCUGCAAACCAGGAUACACGACUGACAUCUCAAGGACUGUAUGCAUUGAUGUGGAUGAGUGUGUUCAGGCUCCCAAACCCUGUAACUUCAUCUGUAAGAAUACAGAAGGGGGGUACCUGUGCUCGUGCCCGCGAGGAUACAUACUGCAGGAUGAUGCCAAGAGCUGCAGGGAUCUGGAUGAAUGCUCCACUAAACAGCACAACUGUCAGUUCCUGUGUGUAAACACAAUCGGAGGAUUCACCUGCAAAUGCCCUCCUGGAUUCACACAACACCACACCGCCUGUAUCGAUAACAAUGAGUGCACGACUGAACCGGGUCUGUGUGGACCAAACGGAGUGUGUCAGAACAGUGCUGGAAGCUUCAACUGUGAAUGCCAGCGGGGAUUCAGCCUUGACCCCAACGGACAACAUUGCGAAGAUAUGGACGAGUGUGUUGGGAACCAUCGCUGUCAACAUGGCUGUCAGAAUCUAGUGGGCGGGUACAGAUGCAGCUGCCCUCAGGGAUACCUGCAGCAUUACCAGUGGAACCAGUGCAUAGAUGAGAAUGAGUGUCAGAACAGUCAGAUCUGUGGUGGCGUGUCAUGUCACAACACUCUGGGCAGUUACCGCUGUCUGUGUCCGACGGGCUUCAGCUUCGAGGAGCCCAUGGGUGGCUGUCAGGACGUGAAUGAGUGCAGUUCUUCACAGAACCCCUGCUCAUAUGGCUGCUCCAACACUGACGGAGGUUACCUGUGUGGCUGCCCACCGGGAUACCUCAGAGCAGGACAGGGGCACUGUGUAUCUGGUGUUGGUUUGGGCGGUGGUAGUUCUCCUCUGACUCCAGACACUGAUGCAGUUGAGAACGCGCUCUCUCCUGAAGCAUGUUAUGAGUGCAAGAUAAAUGGAUACCCAAAGAAGGGAAGGAAAAGAAGGAGUAUGAACGGAACAGAGGAACACCUGCAGCAUUCUCAGAAUGAUCUGGACUCGAUCAGUCUGGACAGUGUCGAUAUUGACGAUACUCUUCAGUUUAACUUUAACAUCAGCACACUAAAGAGUAAAGAUCACAUCAUCGACUUCAUCCCAGCACUGUCCACACUCACUAACAACAUCCGUUACACCAUUGAAUAUGGCAACGAUGACAGCCUGUUUAAAAUCAAUCAGAAAGAUGGCAUAAGCUACCUGCACAUAUCCAGGAAGAAAGCUCUGCAGCCCGGAGCAUAUUAUUUACAAAUCCGCAGCGUGCCCAUGUACGGUCGGAAAGAAGUGAGCACGCUGGACGAGCAAGAUAGAGACUACCUCAGCGAGCAGCGAGGAGACACUCUACACAUGAAUGUACAGAUUCUCCUACACUGACUGCACUCGCUGACAGCCAACACACAGACUCCAACAGCUAAGCCCAAAGACACAUAUCACCCUUCACGCUUAGAGUUCAACAUAAACUCAAUGCUUUCAAGCUCCGAAAAUAUAACAGAAAAAUUCCUACUGAAAGCAUCCGCUGUGGAAGAAUGGACAGAAAACUGCUUGUGUUUAAAAGUGGGUUCAAGUCUGUGAUACAUUGAUGGGUCGUUGCACUCUCUUGCAUGAUGAAACACCACAGCAAGGACUCUGAAUCGCUUUAGCUUUUAGCAGGGUUCCCUCACACACCUUUGACCAAUGAAUUUCCAUGUCAUUCCUGUCAUUUGUGAUUACUGAAUAUGUAUUUUUUUUUACAUUUCAUACUGAUGGCACUUACAAACAGCUAAUUCAAGUUGAAAUAAUUUAGUGCUGAGAAUAACUAGAAAAUUAUGAUUCACUAUAGAAAUGUCAUUGACUUUAAAGAUUUGAUACAUUUCAGAUUUGAUAUAUUUCCAAGACAUUUUCAGGCCUGGAAAUCAUAAUUGUUUCCUGAUACUUCCAGGUUUUCUGUGCCUGUGGGAACCCUGUUUUAGUUUCAGUUUUGAUGGAAACAGUUUCAAGAUGGUCAGCUUUUCUCCAGCUCAGAUUAUCAUAUUUUACUGGUGCUAGUUAUGUGACAGCUUAGAUUAAUGCACUGUAAUAAUCAUCAAAUGCAGGAGCUGCAAUACUGCUCUCAUACCGCGGCCCACCUGACCGACGUCAUUGCGCUAUCCUUUCUGUUCUCUCCUGCAGCUAUACUACAUGUAAUUUAAGAGUCUAUACUGUAACCAUGUAACUUUGUUACUCUCCAAAAGCAUUUGUAAACUAGAGGAACCCUGGAAUGGACAGGUUUGGAAUGGUGCUUAUUAUAAUGACCAACUACUUUAAACUGUGUUUGUACAUCGUUCUGUGAUUUGAAAUCUGCACUGAGGUCCUAAGGCCACGCACACACACACACACACACUCACACAUACACACACACACACACUUACCUUUGUCAUCAGUCAUGUGGCCUUUGAAAACAUCUUUACUAACUUUCAGUACAACAUUCUUUGAGGGGUUUAGAUGUAAAUUCACAAUAAAAACAUUUUUGGGGGUUUUACAGGGACUUGACGGUUUUCCUUCUUCUCAAAUCGAGAUCAGGAAUGAUAUUCCCACAGUCUCUCCAAAAUUUUGGUUGAUCAAUUUCUUGCUGAAUCUAAACGUAUUUACUGUAAGAGAGAGAGAGAGAGAGAGAGAGAGAGAGAGAGAGAGAGAGAGAGAGAAAGAAUGGUCUUUAGGUGUGAAUCCAUAUGUUGAAUUAACUCUAAAUCCAAGAGUUGAAAGGGGUCAUGACAUAUUCUUUUUUCUGUCUUUUUUCCCUGAGGUCUACUUAUUAUAUUAUAAUUUUUUUUUGUACCAAAACAAAAUACAUUAGUGUCAUAAUUUAGGAAUAUAUGAUAAUUUUCCACCCUGACUCUGGCCCUCUGACUGAAACGCUCGGUUUUGGCCUUUGGCUAACAUCGUGCAGCCCCUCAAAUACAGCCAUAUUUGAUACUCAAUCG